CCUCUUUCCACUUAACACACUUACCAAAUCCCCAACUAACGUAUAUAUCGAUCUCUCCUUUUAAUUUUCCAUAUCAUAUUUACUACUAUUAUUAUUCCAGAUUUGUUUUUCUGUACUUGGAACUUGGAAAGAAAGAUUCAUGGCUUGUGUUCAGAACACACUCUUCUUCGUUGCAGUUUUACUUCUAAUUCACCAGAAGACGGCCACCUCAGAUUUCCUCUCUCCUCUUCUGUCUCCUGUGUUCGGUGACAUAUGCAAGGAAGUGGUAUGUGGGAAAGGGAAAUGCAAAGCAUCUUUAAACACAACUUUUAUGCAUGAAUGUGAGUGUGAUAAUGGUUGGAAGCAGUUUGAUCAUAACCUCAAGUUUCUCCCUUGCGUCAUCCCUAACUGUACCUUUGAUCUAACUUGCGGUGAAGCAGCUUCUCCAGCACAGCCCAAAACGUCUCCCAAGGACACCAAUACCUCACUUUCCGAUGCUUGUCAUUGGGUGGAUUGUGGAGGAGGGGUUUGCAACAAAACAGAUUCGUUUUCAUACAGCUGCAAUUGUGGUGAAGGUUACAGCAAUCUUAUGAACAUCACCUCAUUUCCUUGCUUUAAACAAUGUGCACUUGGAAUGGACUGCUUGAAUCUUGGGAUCCCUUUGUCCAACGCAUCAUCUUCUUCUCCACCUGCUUUGCCUGAUAGCAGCAAGAAUCAAGCAACAAGAGUGAAUAUAAGAGGAUCAUCGUUGUGGUUGAUAACACAUCUGCUCUGUGCAUCCCUAGCACCAUGGAGGUUGCUCUAUAUUUGAUCACCUCUACUUAUUUUUCACGUUUUAUACAGAUAUUGUUUGGUACUGUUUUGUAUUUCUUUGUUUCUAUUCUAUUUUACUCAUAUAUUCAUCUUUUUUUCUUUAAGAUAAAUACUACAUAUCCUUUUUCUAUUCUACGUAUUUAAUCAUAGAUAUAGAUAGAAUGUAAUUGCAAAUAUUGUACUUCGUUUUUAUUUAUCAGUUAAUCUUCAAGUCAAGCAUUAAAACUAUGUGUCACUAGUCACUAGAUUUGGUGUUUGUAAAUCAUAUUUGAAUAUUCAAGAGCUUGAGGGUAAGGAAAGUGAACCAGUGUGGGUGAUAGGUAAUCAUAUACCAUCAUCAAUAAGCAUUGUGUCUUCACCAUGGUACGGCUGAUGAAGUGCCAAGGUGUCGGAGUAGUUGCUUCCUUGAGGUAGUUGGUGACACCUCCUUGAGAUGUCUCCUUUUAUAGUUGACCCUUGCCUUGUGAACCUUUAGUUUGCUUAUAGUUGUAUCGAUUUGCUUACUGAGAAUUGCACUGGUAGUAUUAUGUAGACUAAGUUUAACGUCCUUGAGAAUGAGUGAGGAGCUUCGCUUAUCUGUUUAGAAGUUUUUAAAGAACUUCUUCUGUCACAUAAGGUGUAGUGUCUCUACCUUCAAGUUGAUCCAUGAUUGGCUUAUAUAUAACCCCUUUGGUAGACGGCUGAGAAUGUAUUCUAUUUGAUCCUCAUGUUCUCAUUGGUUUACCCAACAACGCAAGUUGAUCAAAGUGAGUGGUGUAUCCUUGGACAUAUUCAUCGAUGGUCUUAGUACCAUUCGACCAUUGCUUGAUUUGGAGUCGAAGUUGUUGUAUGUAGCCUCUGCUGGGUUUGGCCUAUGUGUUUCCCAAUGUUGAGACAAUGGGUUGAAACCGAGAUGGAGAUUUCUCUAAUAAGGCCACUGAAGAUCAUGAGACGAAUUUGUCUGUUCCACAAGGCAUGUGCUGGAUUUGAGAACUAUCCACGGUGAUAGUGGCUGGAGGUGAAGGCGUGAAGCGAUCUAGGUGACCACCCAACUCGUAUCCACCAAAUAGUACGUGUACUUUGUGAUCACUGAUCUGCUCCACAUCUUAUCGUUGGUUCAGGACAGCUUUGUAACAUUUGACAUGUUUAAAUUGAGAAGGGUUUGUGCAGUCGUAUCAACUCUUUCUGCAGAAGUAGUGACAUGGUGAUUCAAGUUGCUGCGGGAAGAAGAAAAACGUGUAAAAGAGCAAAAGAAGGAUCGAAUAAGAGUGAAAGUUUAAAGUAGGAUAUAUUGUUAUAGUAAUACCAUGUAAAUAAAUAUUGUUCUAAACAGAGGUGAUAGACGAUUGUCGUAGUAAGAAUGAUGUUCCGAUAACAGAGAUGCAAAUUUUUUUAUUUUUUUUUUGUUAAUUGAGAGGCAAAUAAUUUAGUCAGUAAAUAUGAUUAUGCGUAUCCUUAACACUAAUGCACAUAACAGUGGGGUAGUUGUAAAGUAUCAUCUUGUCUUUCUCCUUUU